CGGCCUGAGCGUGUUGGUUUGAGGGCCCUCUCAGUCCUGCCUCAUGCAUGAAGGCGGAAAGUAGGGCAGCCACACAUCCUUGAGGACUACGAAGUGGCUUUGCGGAUGGGCUUCUCAACUGUGGGAAUAUUGAUGCUUUGGGCUGGGUAAUUCUUCAUUGUGGGGACCGUCCUGUGCUUUGUAGGAUUUUAGCAGCAUCCCUGGCUACCACUCACUAGAUGCUGAUAGCACAGGCAUGAAAUCAAAAAUAUCUCCAAAUCUUGCCGAAAGUCCCCUGGGGGAGACAGUCCCUCCCGAUUGAGAACCACUGGGCCUGGGGAAGCCUGACAGCCCUUGGGUCCCAGAUGGUGCAGGAGCCACCCUCCCGGAUUCCGCUCAGAAAAUAUUCAAGCUGCGGAGCCUUCGGCAGGCGGGGCUUAUGCAGAUGGGCGGCAGGUUUGGCUGCGAGGCGGGCGGCUCUAUGCAGAUGAGGAGGCGGUGCCUGCAUGCUGAUGAGCUGGGCCCACUGCCGACGCGGCUGGGAGCCCAGCGGGUCCCGCAGCGGUUCGCGCUGAAGUGGCAUCUUUCUCCCGCCCCACUUCCCCCUGGGUCCUUAUCCUCCGAGAUCUUUACCUCAUCCUCGACCUUUACCCUCAUCCAUUUCCCCCUCCUACUCCUUGCACCUGUGUCCCCCGUAACUGAAUACCUCCACUCCUGGCGCCCCCCGCGUUUCUUCCCUCCCGCCGCAAACCUCGCGACCUCCAGCAGCCCGCCCCCGCGGGCCGAUCCUGCCUGGCUGCUCCCGCCGCAGCCUCAUCAGCCUUCCCUCUCUGCCGGGGCUCACCCCACUACGCCCCCGGUGGUCCGCCCUCGGGCUUCCCUGCUCCCCCCUCCCGUCCCCUCGGAGCCCCCUCCCCCGCCCCGGUCAGCCGGCAUGCAGGUGUCAAUCGCGUGUACCGAGCAGAACCUUCGCAGCCGGAGCAGUGAGGACCGUCUGUGCGGACCCCGGCCGGGCCCCGGGGGCGGUAAUGGCGGGCCGACCGGCGCAGGGCAUGGGAAUCCUCCGGGGGGUGGAGGGUCUGGCCCCAAGGCCCGAGCUGCACUGGUUCCCCGACCCCCAGCGCCCGCUGGGGCCCUCCGAGAGAGCACCGGCCGAGGCACUGGCAUGAAAUACAGGAACUUGGGGAAGUCUGGUCUUCGGGUAUCCUGUCUUGGCCUAGGUACCUGGGUCACAUUUGGUUCUCAGAUCUCAGAUGAGACAGCGGAGGAUGUGCUGACCGUAGCCUAUGAGCAUGGUGUAAACCUGUUUGACACCGCCGAAGUCUACGCAGCAGGAAAGGCUGAAAGAACCCUAGGCAACAUCCUCAAGAGCAAAGGUUGGAGGAGAUCAAGCUAUGUCAUCACUACCAAGAUUUUUUGGGGAGGACAGGCAGAAACCGAGCGAGGUUUAAGCCGAAAGCACAUCAUUGAGGGCUUGCGAGGAUCCCUGGAACGCCUCCAGCUGGGAUAUGUGGACAUUGUCUUUGCCAAUCGCUCAGACCCCAACUGUCCUAUGGAGGAGAUUGUGCGAGCCAUGACCUAUGUCAUUAACCAGGGCCUGGCCCUAUACUGGGGAACGUCCCGAUGGGGGGCUGCAGAAAUCAUGGAGGCCUACUCCAUGGCCAGACAGUUCAAUCUGAUUCCUCCAGUGUGUGAACAAGCGGAGCACCAUCUGUUUCAGAGGGAGAAGGUGGAGAUGCAGCUGCCAGAGCUCUACCACAAGAUUGGAGUUGGAUCAGUCACUUGGUACCCUCUACCCUGUGGUCUCAUUACUAGCAAGUAUGAUGGGCAAGUCCCAGAUACCUGCAGGGCCUCCAUCAAGGGCUACCAGUGGCUGAAGGACAAAGUGCAGAGUGAAGAUGGCAAGAAGCAACAAGCCAAAGUCAUGGACCUUCUCCCCGUCGCUCACCAGCUGGGGUGCACUGUGGCCCAGCUUGCUAUUGCGUGGUGUCUCCGCAGUGAGGGUGUCAGCUCUGUCUUGCUGGGGGUGUCGAGUGCGGAGCAGUUGAUAGAACACCUGGGCGCGCUACAGGUGCUGAGCCAGCUGACCCCACAGACGGUGAUGGAAAUAGACGGGCUCCUGGGAAACAAGCCGCAUUCCAAGAAGUAGUCGGUCGCGGGCGCAGCGCCCCAACCCGGUGGCGCUGCACACGCCCGAGACCCGCUUCCCGCAGCCGCCUCUCCCGCUCCGGAUCCCUCCAUGUAGCGGCCGGAGCCAGGGUAGCCCCGCCCACCAACGAGUCCCGGCUUCGAGUAGUGAUACGCAUGAACAAAGCCAUACCCUUUUGCAGUGGGGUCCAGAGAGAAAGUAGUACGUCCGCCCCCUGCUGCGUCCUUCUAGGCCCUUUUGCAAAUACCGGGCAUGAACUACUCGCCGUCGGCCACUUGGUCUCGCCCCCUACUCUCCUCCCCUUAUUCCCGAGGCCUAGAAAAGAAAACAAAAACAAAAACCCACCACAUACAAGAAACAUGCAGAGUACCUCAAAAGCGGCCCUUGAAAUGUCAUCAAACGGUAAUAACCUAGUGAGUGAGUUGUGACGUCAUCUGGAACAUAGGAAACGUGGCUCUUAGGGUAUUCGGUACGAAGGAAGCCAGGCUGGUCCUGGCGGGAAGUAAAUGAUAAUCUUUGGGAAACCAGGACCCUGCCUCCCAGCCCAGAGGUGGAGGAGGGUGGUCAGGGUGGGGCCUACAGUGGCACAGCACUGACAAAGGUAGAGGGAAAUUUAAUAGCACAUCUACACUGCAGUCUGGUGAAAGUGGCCGGGGUGGCCCUUGGAAAACAGUUGGGCUGUUCUUUGCAGGAAUUCGUGAUAGCCUCCCCGUCACGGGCAGAGACAAGGGGCUGACAUAAAAGGUCUGGGUAUAGACUUUUGAGCCUUGAGCAGGGCCUCCUACCUGGCAGUGGAGAACUGCAGUCUUCCUCCUGGCAAUAACCCUAAAGCAAUAAUGAUGGCCCCUCCUCUGUAAGACUUCCCAGGGAACUGUAAAUAAACCUCAGCUUGAUCCUCACAGUGUCUAAAGUUGCAGGGGCUUGGGAGGGUAGGGUCACAGUCUCAUCUGCCUGGCCCUCUCGCCCCCUAACAUUAGAAAGCUCCCAGCAUUAGCUUUCUCUCCACUGCUCAUUCACCUUGGUGACCCAGGCAUCAGGCUCCUAGUCACUGUUCUCAUUAAGGACCAAGACACCAGAUACCCAGGCCCCAGUUUUCUUCCUUCAGUUACCACAUUCCUUAGAACCCAGAAAUCUGGCUUCAUAAUUUUGUUCCUCCUCUUUCUAUGAAAGACCUAGCUAUCUGCCCUUAUUUGUUUGUAUUUAAAGUAAUAUUAGCC